AUGGUGAUGGAGAUGAACCUCGGUGAAAAUAGCGGUGUGAAGCAGAGUGUUAAUGGCGGUGGAGGGAGGAGGAAGACGAAAGGGAGCGAGUUGACUCAGAAGAAAAACAAGCAGCCUCAGAGAGGUAUGGGAGUUGAACAGCUUGAACGACUUAGGUUACAAGAGAGAUGGAAGAAAAUGACUGAAGUACCCUCACUCCAUCAUCCUUUUGCUCUCCCUGGUUUCAGUUCAUCGUCGUGCACUACUGUUCCAAAUCAAAACACCGGUGUGCAGUUCCGCCCUGCGCAAGGUGCAGCUCCGGCGAUGUUGUUUCACGGGAUCGGAAUCCAUGGAACGAAUCUGUUUUCUACGGCGGAGCAUGUCAUGGAUCCGUCUGUGAAUGUUGGAUUCCGAUUUGAUAACUCGAAGGAACUCUCUUCAAUCCCAAACUACGUCGUCAAAUGUGCUUCCGAUGGCUGCGGCGUUUGUCACAAGAAAAAGCGAAUCCAUGGUGGAAGCAACGCCUGCUCUCUGAAUCCGUUCCGUAAUCUCGCCGGAAACAACUCCGUCGUCGAGAUGAUCGACGCAGCUAAAACUCGUCUCUGUUCAGGACAGGUGACGGAAGUUAUUUCGGUUUACCGGAACGGUGGAAGUGCGAUGACGGAGUAUGAGUUUUUCCCGGAAAAAGGUGGCAGAGGAACGACGUCAAAAACAUGUUGUGGAAGUGGAAGUGGUAGUGGUGGUUCUGUUGGAGGAGGAGCAGUAGCGUUACACGGCGGUGAUCGAUCAUGUGUAACAGCAGCUAUAACUGGAAACGAAGAAGGAAGUAUUUCCUCCGUUGAUCUGUCUUUAAAGCUUUAG